GCACACUAAUUAUGUACCUAGACCCUACCGCGAAAAGUUUUUUUCCAAUCGCUGUUACAGUUUGCAACUAAUAGAAUGUGUUUACUAUCAUACGGUAUGUACAGCAUACAUUUGAUCGAAAAGCUCACUUAAAUGAUUCAGUUGGAUUUAUGCUUUGCAUUCCGGGUUGUUGUUUUUAAUUGAUGUUUUAUCGACUAUAUUCAUUUUUAAGUUUUCCACAGGAAAACACAUUAUUACACUGAAGUAAAAUUGUUGCGUUUUCCUCCAAGUCAUCAAUGGUCGCCAUUGGUUAAAGCAUUGUUAAACAUUUUCUCGUUUUAUUUUGACUAGUUGGUGUGUUUGUUUACACCUGAAAAGAAAGGCGAAGUGCUGAUCGGUUUGUUUGUCAUGUUAACUGUGUCGUAGUUGAACUACAUGAUGCUUGGCUAGGACAUUAUAACCAGUAUGUAAUACGUUAUAUUAUGUUUUGUGGACUUGUAAACUUAUAUUUAUGCCGUUUAUACAAAGAUUUCAAGACGUUGAAAAAGGAUACAUAUAAUCUGGAUAUAUAUAAUCUGUUUUAUAACGAUAUGUAUUAGACACAUUAUGUUUUGUGUUUAAGCGGUAUGUGUCCAUUUGUUUUUUUGUAUUACUGCUAUAACAAUACAAAAGUAUGAGGAACCUUGCUUAAAUAUACGAACUCCUAAAUGAGAAGUGGUGUCAGGUAGUCCAGAAAGAGUUAGCAUAACCUACCCCGGAUUGGGUACACUUAUUGUUUAGAAAUCAUUUUAGACGUACAAUAGUUAAAAGGCUUAGAUGAUAACAAGUUUGAGAGAUCUAGAAAGUUGCCGCCUUUGGGGAAACAGAAUGCUACCACGAUGCAGUUUCGUACUACGAUAUGUAUUUGUGUUGGUUAUAUUUGCAGCUACCAUUUUGAUGUUGACGCAAGUUAACACAGCACCGCCAAGAAAAUCCGAUAAUCUGAGAUUACCAAUCGAAUUAGAGCUACGGAGUACCAAAUCCAUGCCAACGACAUUAUCAAUCAACCAUGGCGUGCAUAAUGUGACCGAGUCUAAAGUUCUUGUUAACCAGACACAUUUUGAUAAUCAUCCAUUUCAUUAUAUAUUAAACCCAACCACCAUAUGUCACAGCGACAAUAUCUAUGUGCUAAUAUAUGUCCAUACGGCACCGGGAAAUUUUAAAAAGAGAGUAAGCAUACGUGAAACGUGGGGUUCUCAACAGUUUUUAAAUAAAUUUAGCUCAAGGAUAGUGUUCCUAAUGGGUCGUACAAUGCAAAAAGACACAAUGUUGGCCAUUACCAUGGAGUCCAACCAAUAUGGCGAUAUCGUUCAAGAAGAUUAUAUAGACAGUUAUAGAAAUUUAACUCAUAAAGCAAACUGUGCCUUAAGAUGGGUGACAAUAUACUGUAGCAAUGCGAAACUAAUACUCAAAACGGAUGAUGAUAUCAUGGUGAAUAUGUACCAUCUGCUCAAAUAUAUUCACGAAAAACUCGAAACGAAAUCUCAACCCAUAAAAAAUUUACUUUUAUGCAACAAAUGGAAACGAAUGCAUGUAAUACGUGAAAAACGAUCCAAAUGGUAUGUCUCAAAAGAGGAAUUUCCCUAUGAUUUUUUUCCUGCGUAUUGUUCUGGGUCAGCAUUUGUUAUGUCUGCUGACGUCGUACAAAAAAUGGAACUGGUUUCACGAAAGAUGCCAUUUUUUUGGAUCGAUGACUAUUACCUCACUGGAAUGGUAUUUAAUACUUUACAAAUAAAACACACUGAAUUUAAUAAAGCAUACGUUCUUAACCAGUACGUGGCUUUAAAUCGUUACGCAAACGACACUACAAAUUUUCUUGUAUUUUAUCAUACAGGGAAAAUGAGUACUUUUUACGCUUUGUGGAAAAUGAUACAAUUGGACCAUAAUAAUUUAUUGCAUAACUCAAAGAUCAACACCAGUUCAACAUAACCCUAUUGAUUUAUCAACGCCCCAAAUGUUUAUUUAUAAUAGUUAGACCGUGAACAAAACACACAAAGUCAAGGAUUUUUGUUCGUGCAGCUAAACCGCCAGCGUGAUGAAUGAAUCCCAAUGUUAAUAACAACGACAGAAGCCACGAACAAAACCCAACGGAUGAGACGAAACUGCCAUGGCGAUGAUGGGUAAACAAAGCAAUUUGUUGUAGGUAGUGGGUGUUUAUUUACGCUGCUGCGGAAUUUUACUUAGCUUAAUGAUAAAGAAUCAAUGUUAUUGUUGAUUUAAAAUAUUAGUUAAAGGUACACCCAUCAUGCGGUGAAAUUUUAUUUUUCUAAGCAAUUUUUUACGAUGUGAACUACUUUUUAAAAAAGCGAAAGAUAUGUAAUAACAAACAACUUAGCGAAAUGUUAGUGGAUUAAAGGAUAUAGCUAAUUGUUUAUAUCCAGAUAUCAAUAAUUUGUCGUUCCGUUACAAAAAGCCAGAUUAAUUGAAACAACAUUUAACAUACGUAAUAAAACUUGUACUUUGGAGAUAAACACUUGCUGUUUCGAAUUUAGAUGGGGUUUAUUGCCCAUCUAUGCUU